CCGCGUAUACAGCUCGGACCAAGCGACUAAUCCAUGACAUUCCCCGCCUUUACUUUUACAACUCUCCCCACAGUAACCCUAACCCUGACCUCAUCAAAAAAUGGGUCGAGGUCGUAAACGCAAAACCCCAAACCCCGAAACCCUAGACUCCCCAUCCCCCCAAAACGACGCCGUCCUGCCCAUCCCCACUCCCCACCUCACCAACCCCACCGCCACCACCUCAACCAACAACAACCCAAUCCGCCGCCGUGGCCGGCCCAAGAAAACCCCCCAAGCCCAACCCCAACCCGCCGAGCCCAACCCAACUCCCUCCCCGACCCGCCACAUUGAGACCAACGGCCAUAACGGACUAGACCACAAUUCCGUUGAUUCUGAUUACGAGAAUGUCGGGGGGAGUCGCGGUGUUCCGUCGAUGGAAGCGGUGGUGAAGGUGUUUUGUGUCCACACUGAUCCGAAUUUCUCGCUGCCGUGGCAGAGGAAGAGGCAGUAUAGUUCUAGUAGCAGUGGCUUUGUUAUUGCUGGCAGGAGGGUCUUGACUAAUGCACAUUCUGUUGAGCAUUUCACGCAGGUUAAGGUUAAGAAGCGCGGCUCCGAUACCAAGUAUGUGGCCACUGUGCUUGCCGUUGGGACCGAGUGCGAUAUCGCCCUUCUUACCGUAGCUGAUGAUGAGUUCUGGGAAGGGGUGUCCCCUGUGGAAUUUGGGGAUUUGCCUACCCUUCAAGAUGCUGUGACAGUUGUGGGUUAUCCCAUUGGCGGGGAUACCAUAUCCGUCACGAGUGGGGUUGUUUCACGCAUAGAGAUUCUAUCAUAUGUUCAUGGCUCCACUGAGCUUGUGGGAUUGCAGAUAGAUGCUGCUAUUAACUCCGGAAAUUCUGGAGGACCUGCCUUUAGUGACAGGGGUGCAUGCGUAGGUAUUGCUUUCCAAUCCCUUAAACAUGAUGAUGCAGAGAAUAUAGGAUAUGUCAUUCCAACACCAGUCAUCAAGCACUUCAUUCAAGAUUAUGAGAAAAAUGGAGGAUACACAGGAUUUCCUAUUCUUGGGAUUGAAUGGCAGAAGAUGGAAAAUCCAGAUCUGCGCAUGUCAGUGGGGAUGAAACCUAAUCAGAAGGGUGUUCGAAUAAAAAGAAUUGACCCAAGUGCACCAGAAUCUCAGGUUUUGAAGCCGUCAGAUAUUAUACUAAGUUUUGAUGGGGUUGAUAUUGCUAAUGAUGGAACAGUUCCAUUCAGGCAUGGAGAGCGGAUAGGUUUUAGUUAUCUUGUUUCACAGAAAUACACCGGAGAUAAUGCAACAAUCAAAGUUCUACGCAACUCUGAAAUAUUUGAAUUUGAUAUCAAACUUGGAUCCAACAGAAAGCUUAUUCCAGUUCACAUCAAAGGCAGACCCCCGUCAUAUUACAUUAUUGCAGGAUUUGUAUUUACAACUGUAUCAGUACCCUAUCUUCGUUCAGAGUAUGGGAACAGUUAUGAUCUUGAAGCUCCGGUCAAGCUAUUGGACAAACUCUUGCACGAAAUGCCUCAAUCUCCUGAUGAACAGAUUGUUGUGGUCUCUCAGGUACUCGUUGCUGAUAUCAAUAUAGGAUACGAAGACAUUGUCAACACCCAGGUUCUUGCUUUCAAUGAUAACCCUGUGAAGAAUCUGAAGAGCUUGGCCAGCAUGGUAGAGAAUUGCACUGCUGAAUUUUUAAAAUUUGAUUUGGAAUAUCAGCAGAUUGUUGUCCUUCAGACAAAGAAAGCGAAAGCUGCUACUGUUGAUAUCUUAAAAACACACUGUAUACCUUCAGCCAUGUCUGACGAUCUCAAGUGAGAGGUGUUGAUUGUGAUUUGUAUCAUGAUUGACUCUCUUGUGAGACGGGGCUUCUCUUACACUUGAAUACGUUAAUCCAUCAUGAUUGAUUGUCUUGUGAGACAGGGCCUUUCUUUUCACUUGAAUACAUUAAUCCAUCUCAAUCUCCUACUCGCACCAGAUCUUAGUUCUUUGCUUUAGGCCACAUAUUGCAUAAAUAUAUACUUUUUUUUCCUGAUGUAGUUGGAGGUACUAGUCAUACACUUUUGUGUAGAAAGCUUUUUGAUAGAAGGAACAGAGGAUUUUAUAUCUUGACAGCCUUCUUGUAGUCAUUUUUGGACAACUCUUGACAUGUUCCAGAUAUGUUAUAAUGUGAGCUUUCGACAAGACUAAAUUGUCGGAAAAGAUUUAGCAA